GAGUGUCAAAGAGCUUAAUUUAAAACAAACUGAGAAACAGAAACAUUCAGAAAACACAAGUUCACAAAGAUUUAACAAAAUCUGAUUAUUUAUCAGUAAACAAUUAAUAAGAAUAAAUAAAGGACGUAAGUUGGUCAUGGUUUUAUUUUACAUUAGCAAAUAAAAUUAUCACAUAAAAGGCAAAAUUCUAAUAAUGAAGGAAAAAAUAAAUUAUGAGAUAAAAUGUUUUCAGAUUUUAUAAAUGAGUUGAAAGAAAAAACACUGAUUAUAAAUUAGAAACCAAAUUAGGAGAUAAAAUGUCGCUAAACAGCCACAAUUUAUUAUAUAAAGGUUCAAACUUAUGUUUAAAUCAUAACAACGCUCCAAAACAAAUAAAUAAUAAAAUAAAGUGGUUUGACAUGAAAACAUAAAGUUUGAAUUUAAAGUUUAACAUUUUAAUUAUGACAUUUAAAAAAAGUAAAUUAUUAAGUAGAGUAAAGUGGAAGAUUCAAGAUAAAGUUAAAGUUCAGAUGCUAAGAGUCCAAGUUAUGAGAUGAAGUUUAAAAGUGAGAUUCUGAGCUAAAAAAAGACGUGUGACACAUUUAUGAAAUAAUGUGUGAAAAUGUGACAUUUUACAUUUUAAGACCCAAAAAUAGAAUGACGAAAAGUUUAAAUGUGUUUUUUAAAAGUGAGAAGCACAAAUUCAAAACAGAAUUAUUAGAUAAAAUGUCAGUAGUUUGAGAUAAAUAUUUAUAGACAAAACUGAUCAUCAUAGAUGUAUUAUGGAAAGUUUAAAUUAUGACUUAAAAUGAAACUAUUAAAUAAUCAUUUUUAAAAGUAGAUAUAUUGUGAGUUAAAAGUUUUACAUUUCGAUUUUUGAAAAGAAUAAAGUCCAAUAAUAAGGAAAAUAAAAUGUUAAACACCAGGAUUGAGCUCAUGGAUUGGUCCUUCCAGGUGAUCAGAGGUGACAUCAUCGUGAUUAUUGGAGGUGAUCAGUUACUUCAGUUUCUUCUCCUUCUUCCAGUGUGUCGUUGGAUUCAGGUGUGUUUGGGUUCAGUCAGCAGGAAUGCAGUCAGACCUGUCCCACGGUCACAUGACCCGCCCUCGCCCCAUGCUGCUCUCCUAUUGGCCACCAGCAUCAACAAACCCGAACACGCCUGAGACCUGUGAGGGAGCUUCAGCUGCUCUGGAGAGUUCAGUCAGACUGAUCUUUAGUCGAACACAAGAAGAAGAAACAGUUCAGAGGACAGAAGAAGAAGAAGAAGAUGGGUCAGGCUCGCUCCUCCUACUGUCCUCAGGUGAUCCUCAUGGGCCUGGACUCUGCUGGGAAGUCCACUCUGCUGGCCAGACUGCUGACAGGACAGGUGAUGGAGACGUCUCCGACCGUCGGCUUCAAUGUGGGAACCCUGGUCCUGGACAAGAAGACGUCUCUGACGGUGUGGGACAUCGGAGGACAGAGAAGCAUGAGACCCAACUGGAGGUUCUAUCUGGACGACUGUAAGGCUCUGGUCUUCGUGGUGGACAGCACUGAUCCUGGUCGGAUCCCAGAGGCCCAGAAGGCCCUGAAGAAGGUUCUGAGUGAUGAGAGGCUGAGAGGAGUUCCUCUGAUGGUUCUAGCCAACAAGAAGGAUCUGCCCAACUCCAUGACCAUACGGGAGGUCUCCAGACAGCUGGACCUCCCGUCCUAUGGGGACCGUCUGUGGGAGAUCCAGGCCUGCAGUGCUCUCCAGGGCCUGGGCCUCCAGCAGGCAUUCCUGUCGGUCCACAAACUGAUCAAGAGGAGCUGAUCAUUGAUCAAUCAAUCUUUAUUGGUUAUUUAUUGUUGAAUAAAAUAAAGUUUUUACAGCUGA